UCUGAAAAUGGAGCUCUAUAUCUAUAUAUAAAGCUUCACCCAAAGGCCAAUUCAGACAAAGAUAUAUCUCUUUCUCUCCCUUUUUUUCUCUCUUUCAUAAACCAAAAGCCAAAGAAAAAAGAAAAAAAAUAGGAAAACUAAAACAAACAGGGGAGAAACAGAGCUAUAACAGUUUGAGAAAGGAGUUAUUUUGGGCGUUGUUUUGAUUGGCUUCUCUUCUCCAUUAACAAAAAAAAAAAAAACCAAACAAAAACAGGGGAGAAACAGAGAUAUUUGAGAAAAAGUUGUUAUUUUGAUUUAAAAAUGGCGGCUUUAGCCGGAGAAGACUUAGCACGGCAACUGAGUAGCGCCAGCCGGAGAAGCUGGCGGUCGUCGAGUGUGAGAGAGAUGUGGAAUGCACCGGAUGUGUUCCAGAGGAGCGAAAGACAAACAGGGGAUGAUGAAGAGGAGCUCAGGUGGGCAGCAAUUGAAAGGCUUCCCACCUAUGAUAGGAUGAGGAGAGGGAUGUUGACUCAGAUUGCUAGCAAUGGAAGGGUCUUGCAUGAGGAGGUUGAUGUUACAAAGCUCGGUCUUCAGGAUAAGAAGAUGUUGAUGGAAAGCAUUCUUAAGGUUGUUGAAGAGGAUAAUGAGAAGUUCUUGCAGAGGCUUAGAGGCAGAAAUGACAGAGUUGGGAUUGAGGUUCCAAAGGUUGAAGUUCGAUUCGAACAUUUAUCAAUUGAAGGAAAUGCAUAUGUAGGAACCAGAGCACUUCCAACUCUGAUAAAUUCCUCCCUCAACUUCAUAGAGGGUGUUAUUGGAUUGCUUGGACUCUCAUCAUCCAAGCAAAGAGUCAUCAAAAUACUUAAAGAUGUGAGUGGCAUAGUGAAACCAUCAAGGAUGACAUUGCUUCUUGGACCUCCCGGGGCAGGAAAAACAACACUACUAAGACAACUUGCUGGGAAAUCGGAGAGGAAUCUGAGGAUCGAUGGGAAAGUCACAUAUUGUGGCCAUGAAUUUAAGGAGUUUAUACCACAGAGAACCUCUUCUUAUAUCAGUCAGCAUGAUCUUCACUAUGGUGAGAUGACAGUCCGUGAAACAUUGGAUUUCUCGGGACGUUGCCUUGGAGUUGGAACCAGGUAUGACAUGCUGGUGGAGCUAUCUAGAAGGGAGAAAGAAGCUGGAAUUAAACCAGAUCCUGAGAUUGAUGCAUUCAUGAAAGCCACGUCCAUGGCGGGCCAGGAGACUAGUUUGAUCACAGACUAUGUUCUCAAGAUUCUUGGAUUAGAUAUCUGUGCCGAUAUCAUGGUGGGAGAUGGGAUGAGAAGGGGUAUCUCUGGUGGACAAAAGAAGCGUGUGACUACUGGAGAAUUUUUGGUUGGACCAGCAAAAGCAUUUUUCAUGGAUGAAAUAUCAACAGGGCUGGACAGUUCCACAACAUUUCAGAUUAUCAAGUUCAUGAAGCAGAUGGUUCAUAUUAUGGAUGUAACGAUGGUCAUCGCUUUGUUGCAGCCUGCUCCUGAGACAUAUGAUCUUUUUGAUGAUAUUAUCCUUCUGUCUGAGGGCCAAAUUGUGUACCAAGGCCCUCGCGAGAAUAUCCUCGAAUUCUUUGAAUAUGUUGGGUUCAAAUGCCCGGAGAGGAAAGGAGUUGCAGACUUUCUGCAAGAAGUUACAUCCAAAAAGGACCAAGAACAAUACUGGUACAAAAAGAACCAACCUUACAGAUAUGUCUCGGUGCCAGAAUUCGUUCGGGCUUUCAACUCUUUCCAUAUAGGUCAAAGGCUUGCAGAAGAACUAAGAGUUCCUUAUGAUAAAAGAUCAACUCAUCCUGCUGCUUUGGUGAAAGAAAAGUAUGGUAUCUCUAGUAAGGAACUGUUCAAGGCUUGCUUUUCAAGGGAAUGGCUGCUGAUGAAGCGCAACUCAUUCAUAUACAUAUUCAAGACAUUUCAAAUCACAAUCAUGGCUACAAUUACGCUGACUGUAUUCUUUAGAACCGAAAUGAAAACUGGUUCAAUGGCAGAUGGAGGAAAAUUUUGGGGAGCACUGUUUUUCAGUCUUAUCAACGUCAUGUUUAAUGGGAUGGCAGAGCUUGCCAUGACAGUCUUCCGGCUUCCUGUGUUCUUUAAGCAAAGGGACAGCUUGUUUUUCCCUGCCUGGGCUUUUGCCUUGCCAAUUUGGGUGCUCAGAAUUCCCAUUACAAUCAUGGAGUCAUUAAUAUGGGUUGGUCUUACAUAUUACACUGUUGGGUUUGCGCCUUCUCCCGCUCGGUUCUUCAAGCAGUUCUUGGCUUUCUUCGGUGUAUCACAGAUGGCACUUUCUCUGUUUCGUUUCAUUGCAGCCCUUGGAAGAACCGACGUUGUUGCAACCACAAUUGGUUCUUUCACCUUGUUAUUGGUGUUUGUCCUUGGUGGCUUUGUUGUGGCUAAAGAUGACAUUAAGCCAUGGAUGAUAUGGGGCUACUAUGUUUCUCCUAUGAUGUAUGGACAAAAUGCAAUUGCCAUCAAUGAAUUUCUUGCGGAUAGAUGGUCCAAUCCUCCCCCUCUCGCUGCCAACACCUCUCAACCAACCGUUGGAAAGGCCCUUCUGAGAGAAAGAGGCCUCUUUAGGGAAGAACAUUGGUACUGGAUUUGUGUUGUAGCACUCAUCGCGUUCUCUUUUCUUUUCAAUGGUUUUUUCAUUGCAGCAUUGUCCUAUCUGAAUCCUUUUGGUGACACUAAAACUGUAAAUCCGGAUGAGGAUUCUGAAAAGAAGCGAUUGUCCAACUCAGAAGGUACUGCUAUGCAAGAGAUAAAUGGCUCUGGAAAUAAUCGUGCCCAGAAAGGAAUGGUGUUACCCUUUCAACCCCUUUCACUUGCUUUCAACCAUGUGAACUACUAUGUGGAUAUGCCCGCGGAAAUGAAGGCCCAAGGAAUUGAAGAGGACAGACUGCAAUUGUUACGAGAUGUUAGUGGGGCUUUCAGGCCUGGUGUUCUGACUGCAUUAGUUGGUGUUAGUGGUGCUGGUAAGACCACAUUGAUGGAUGUCUUAGCUGGAAGAAAGACAGGUGGAUACACUGAAGGUAGCAUAACCAUUUCUGGUUUCCCAAAGAACCAAGCCACAUUUGCUCGUGUCAGCGGCUACUGUGAGCAAAAUGACAUACAUUCACCAUAUGUUACUGUCUAUGAGUCUCUCGUGUACUCUGCCUGGCUUCGUCUCUCUUCAGAUAUCAACAAGGAAACAAGAGAGAUGUUUGUUAAUGAGGUUAUGGAUUUGGUUGAACUUCAUCCAUUAAGGAAUGCUCUAGUUGGACUUCCUGGAGUUAAUGGACUUUCAACUGAGCAGAGAAAGAGGCUCACAAUUGCUGUAGAGUUGGUUGCUAAUCCGUCCAUCAUCUUUAUGGAUGAGCCCACUUCAGGUCUAGAUGCUAGAGCGGCUGCAAUUGUUAUGCGUACAGUAAGAAACACAGUGGAUACAGGAAGGACUGUUGUCUGCACAAUUCACCAGCCUAGCAUUGACAUUUUUGAAGCUUUUGAUGAGCUCUUCUUGAUGAAAAGAGGAGGACAAGUGAUCUACGCUGGACCACUUGGGCGCCAAUCUCACAAGCUUAUCGAAUAUUUUGAGGCUGUUCCAGGAGUUCCAAAGAUCACUGAUGGUUACAAUCCUGCUACCUGGAUGUUAGACGUUACCUCAACUACAGUUGAGGGUCAACUUGAUGUUGAUUUUGCAGAUAUUUAUGCCAACUCAGAUCUCUAUAGGAGAAAUCAAGAUCUCAUUAAGGAACUAAGCACUCCACAACCUGGUGCCAAGGAUCUAUACUUCCCUACUCAAUAUUCUCAAGGCUUUAUAACUCAGUGCAUAGCUUGUUUCUGGAAACAGUACUGGUCUUACUGGAGGAACUCACAGUACAAUGCUGUUAGAUUUGUCAUGACAGCUGCGAUUGGUUUUUUAUUUGGUCUCAUCUUCUUUGGCAAAGGAGACCAAACAUCGACGCAGCAAGACCUGAAUAAUCUUUUGGGGGCUACCUAUGCUGCUGUUCUUUUCCUUGGAGGUAGUAAUGCUUCUGCUGUUCAACCUGUUGUUUCGGUUGAAAGAACUGUCUUCUACCGUGAAAGAGCAGCCGGGUUGUACUCAGAGUUGCCUUACGCAUUUGCUCAGGUGGCUAUUGAAGCUUUUUAUAUUGUAUUCCAAACCAUAAUUUAUAGUCUCAUCCUGUACGUGAUGAUUGGGCUUGAAUGGACAGUAGGAAAGUUCUUCUAUUUUUACUUCUUCAUUUUCAUGUGCUUCACCUACUUCACUAUGUACGGGAUGAUGCUUGUUGCCUUGACUCCUGGCCAUCAAAUUUCUGCAAUUUGCAUGUCUUUCUUCAUGAGUUUCUGGAACUUGUUCUCUGGUUUUAUGAUUCCCAGACCGCAAAUCCCUAUUUGGUGGAGGUGGUACUACUGGGGUUCACCAGUUGCUUGGACAAUCUAUGGCCUCUUCACUUCUCAAUUUGGUGACUUAAAAACUCCACUUACUUCGCUUGAAUCGGCUGGUGAACAAUUGACAGUGCAACACUGGCUUAAGGAAUAUAUGGGCUUCGAGUAUGACUUCCUUAAAUGGGUAGUCCUUGCUCAUAUUGGUUGGGUGCUUAUCUUCUUCUUCGUCUUCGCUUAUGGCAUCAAGUUCCUCAACUUCCAAAGGAGAUAAGAGAAAAAAAAAAAAAAAAAAAAACAAUAAACAGUCACCUUGCAGAUCCUUAAGUGUCAAAUAUAUAGGAUAUGGUAGUUGAUAGGAUGGCAGAAACCUGUUAUCUUCUUUAUUUUUUUCUUCAAAUAUAAUUUGUAAAACUUUUAUCUGUAUUUUUGGCUUGGUUUCGUUUCUAAUAUUCUUAUCAUGCUAUCUUUGUAAAGAUAAGAUAAUUUUUGUCUGUAAUUUCCAUAGAACUUUGCUGUUGUUCUUAAUAAGAGAUAAAGGAUUAUACAUCAUUUUGAUACAAAA